AUGUCCGAUCCGGUGACGGAAGCCGGUGGUGGCAGCACCACCGCCCCAGAUGUCGAGCAAAGCCAACCAACCCCAGUGCAAUUGCCAUACGCCAGCCGCCGCUCACCCCUCCACGGCAUGGGCGUGUUCGCAACCCGAAACAUCAAAGCAGGGGAAAUAAUCAUGAACAAGCGGCCGCUGCUCACCCUCCUGUGUCCAGAAGGCGAGCUGCACCCCGACAGCUACGACCUCCUGCUCCGACUCAUCCGCAAAUUCCACACCCUGCCCCUGACCCACGCCCUCUGGUGCAUCUUCACCCGCCAGCCAACGCUGCACGGCAUCUCGCUCUUGAACUUCCAGCGCCUCCUGCACUCCGACCUGCCGCAGAACGAAGCGACUUUGAUCCGAGCGAUUCAGCGCGCAGGCCUGGGAUACUAUAUCCCGGCCGCCGGCAACCAGAACCUCAUCGUCGACCCGCACCUCGCGCUCAUCAACCACGCCUGCGUCCCCAACGCCGAGCUCUCCUUCGACCACAGCAUCGCCACCGAGUUCGCCACUGAGGAGGAAGCACUCUUCGAUCCCGCCACGAUCACCAUCCGCGCCACCAAGUCCAUCCCCGCUGGAGCCGAAAUCACAAUCUCCUACAUCCACCUCUUCCACACGAAAGCCGAUCGCGCGAGCCUCCUCGCUUUCAGCCCACCGGGCUGCCGAUGUCGCGAGUGCAAUCUCGUGCCCGGCGCGCAGGAGUUCUCGGACAUGUAUUACGACAGUACAGAGGAUAAGAUGGGGUUCGUGGAAGACUUUCGCUUCCGGAGACAUCGCAUGCCGCGCGACCGGUCGGCGUUGUUCGAUGGGGUGGAGCGGGAUCUCAGCGAUCGGGAGGCGGCGAGGACGUUUGCUGAUGCGGCGGAUGCGUUGCUUGCUACGGCGCAGGUUGCGGAGAUUUAUACGUGCGCGCUCUUUUUCGCGACCGAUACGAUGGCCACUCUCUGGGUAGCAUCAGCGCAGGACAUCACCGACGCUUCGGACCGCGGCAAACUGUACGCCGGAGCAAUGCGGUACAAACUCAAAGAAGUCGACGUGCUAGUGCGAUGUCUGGGGUGGGAGCACGAGAUGACUCGCGCCACGCUGGACCAGUUGCCGGAUCUGGCGAUAGGGGACGAAGCGGAAGAUCUGUAUCGCGACUUCCAAGACAGCUUUGUGGCUCAGUGA